AGCACUGCUACUCUACUAUUGGCGCCCACACAGCUUGCGAAAUUUGCGACCGGAAUGCUGUCCCCAUAGGAAACAAAGUAAAUGUGUUUUCCAACUGACCGCAGGUGCGUCUUGAAGAACUAAUUCAAGACUGAGUUGACGGGACUUUUACCAUAUCAAGAGGUUCAUUCAGCUGGAGACUCCCUUUCCCAAAACCAGACCAGCAGGGCUUGGUCACACACCGCACAUCUUUGGAUCCAAGGUGCAGCAGGGUGAGACUUGGGUGCCGGUGUGAUCUGUGAGUGUGUUUUCGCAAGAGCACAUCCUAAGGCUGGUCCCACAGACUGUGACGGACAGCCAGCGUGUGUGUUGCCCCUCGCUUGUCCCCAUCAUGACUGCCACAUCCUCCUCCUAACGCAAGAGCACACCAGCAGCAGCCGCAAUCGCAACAGCCGCGAGGGGGGGGGUUGGGGGAUGAUGACUACCUCCCACAUGAACGGUCACGUGACCGACUCGGGCGGAGGGGGCAGCGGUGACGGUCAGACUGGCGGCGGUGGGCGCCAUCACGAGGGCCCCGAGGAGCCCCAGCAGUGGCACCGCGAGAUGGCCGUGGACUGCCCGGGCGACUUGGGUGCGCGCACGCUGCCCAUCCGCCGCAGUGCCCAGCUGGAGCGCAUCCGGCAGCACCAGGAGGACCGGCGGCGGCGCGAGGAGGAGGGACGCACCCGCCAGGAACUCGACCUCAACGCCUCCAUGCGCCUCAAGAAGCUGGCGCAGAACCCCAAGGUGGGCAUCGACAACCCCACGUUUGACCCUAUCGAGGGUCCUGGAGGGCCGCUGGCAGCCCUGCAGGGACUGGGAGGACCCCCUACACUACUAGAGUUGGAGGAGCUGCUGCUUUCCUUGAAGCAGGUGCAGCACUGCCUGGGUGACGAGCAGAGCCGCGAGGACGUGGAGCUAGUCCUGCAGCUCGUGCAGAAGAAUGACUUCCAGAAGGCCUUCAACAUCCACAACGCCGUGGCCCAGCACAUGCACCGCGCCAGCCCGCCCUUCCCCCUCACCGAGCGCGCCCAGGGGCUCACGCACGAGGUCCAGUCCAUGCUGCUGUCCACCCAACAUAAAGAGGGCCUGGAACUCAAUGCCCUGCUCUCCUCCCCUAAUUUCCAGGCUCUGAUGCUGGCCCAUGACGGCAUAGCUGAGCAGGAGAUGCAGUUGGAGCCAGCGAGCUAUCAGGACCGGCAGUGUGAGAACCUCACGCAGUGGGGCGGAGAGACGGUCAAGAUCGUCCGCAUAGAAAAGGCCAGAGACAUUCCUCUGGGCGCGACGGUUCGUAACGAUAUGGACAGCGUGAUCAUCAGCCGCAUCGUGAAGGGCGGUGCGGCCGAGCGGAGCGGCCUGCUGCAGGAGGGAGACGAGGUCCUAGAGAUCAACGGAGUCGAGAUCCGCGGCAAAGAUGUCAACGAGGUCUUCGACAUCCUGGCGGAGAUGCAUGGCACUCUGACCUUUGUGCUGAUCCCCAGUCCUCACACCAAACCUCCUCCUCCUGUCAAAGAGACUGUGGUGCACGUGAAGGCCCACUUUGACUACGACCCGUCUGACGACCCGUACGUGCCGUGCCGCGAGCUGGGCUUGUGCUUCCAGAAGGGGGACAUCCUGCACAUCAUCAGCCAGGACGACCCCAACUGGUGGCAGGCCUACAGGGAUGGCGACGAGGACAACCAGCCGCUAGCGGGCCUGGUGCCAGGGAAGAGCUUCCAGCAGCAAAGAGAAGCCAUGAAACAGACCAUAGAAGAGGAUAAAGAACCUGAGAAGUCAGGAAAGCUGUGGUGUGCAAAGAAAAACAAGAAAAAGAGGAAGAAGCUCCUCUACAAUGCCAACAGAAAUGAUGAUUACGACAAUGAGGAAAUUCUGACCUAUGAGGAGAUGGCGCUCUACCACCAGCCAGCCAAUAGGAAGCGACCGAUCGCUCUGAUUGGCCCUCCCAACUGCGGUCAGAAUGAACUGAGGCAGAGACUGUUGACCAGUGAGCCAGACAGAUUUGGAGGAGCAGUCCCACACACCACACGUAACCGGCGGGACAUGGAGAUGAACGCACGUGACUACCACUUCGUCUCGCGGCAGGCCUUCGAGAUGGACGCCGCCGCAGGGAAGUUCAUCGAGUCCGGCGAGUUUGAGAAGAACCUCUAUGGCACCAGCACUGACUCAGUCCGGCAGAUCAUCAACACAGGGAAGAUCUGCAUCCUCUGCCUGCACACCCAGUCACUGAAGGUGUUACGAAGCUCAGACCUGAAGCCGUACAUCAUAUUCAUCGCACCACCCUCCCAAGAGCGAUUGCGUGCUCUCCUGACAAAAGACAACAGGAACCCUAAGCCCGAGGAGCUGCGGGACAUCAUCGAGAAGGCCCGUGAGAUGGAGCAGAACUACGGGCACCUGUUUGACGCUGCCAUCGUCAACACGGACCAUGACAAGGCCUACCAGGAACUGCUGCGCUUCAUCAACAAGCUGGACACAGAGCCGCAGUGGGUGCCCUCGUCCUGGCUGCGCUGAGGCCUCCCGCACCGUGGCAAACACUAACUUCCACACACACACACACACACACACACACACACACACACACUCUCUCUUACUUUGAAGCAUACUUAUUGACAAAUCCUGGCAUGCACGCACGCACCCACACAAACACAAGCUGUGAUUCAAGACCACUGUUCCUAUGCUGUUGUCAUGGUGAGGAGAUGGACAGAUGGAGAGAGGGAGAAAGGGAGAGUGAGCUUGACUAGCUUUGAGAUGUCUGUGGUUUAGCAGCCAUAGAAUAAGCACAGCUCACUCACCUGGCUCGCUCUGUGUGGCCUGUGUGGCUACCUGCACCUCCGUAGACUCUUCCCCGACAGCAUGAUUUUAUAUCUGAUCUUGACGUCUCUCUUUAAAUUAACUCCACAUUCCAGAAAUGAUGUAAGAAGUAUAUCUGUACCAGCACUUGUUAGCAGCAGUAGAAUGGACUUUGAGAGUUAUUUAUAUAUAACGUUUUUGGAAGGUUUUUUUAUAUAAGGAUGAAGGUUGUUCUACUACAUGUUCAAGGAGUAGUUGCACAGCUCCACUUACUGUGGCCUGAUUCGAAGUGAGUGUGUGUGUGUUUGUGUUGCGUGUGUUGCAUAAGUGUAUGUGUGUUUACUCCCAAUAAUUAACGCACCGAACCGCUGUGACUGUAGAUAAUGGUGGACAUAUAUCUGCUAACUGAAUGGUUUCUGAAGACUCUUCUUUCUGAAGACAGAAAUAUUAGCUGUUGGCAUCACUACAGUCGGAGGGAAGAUGUCUUUUCUUCAUGAUUUGUUUUCUUUGUUUUUCUCGCAUCUUUGUUCUUUUCCUCAUUCUUUAUGUGAAAUCAUGAUUUUUACCAGCAAGGCUGGUGUGUUCACCCUGCUCUGUGGAGAGAGGUGAAGCGUUUCACUGAACACUAUGUCCCCGUCAGCCAACCGAACUGUUGAAGCAGCAUGAAGUCGCCAGUGGAAAGACAGCUGAUUGGCUUGGCUAUUACCUUAACAGUGGAGUGAGCGAGACGGGAAGUCUUUGAUUAUCGCAUCUCUGCAGACCCAGGUGGACACGAGGAGAGUCGGCUGCCCUGCCCUGUCCUGUCCUGUCACGUCACAUCCAUUCUCUUCCAUGAUUCUGCAGAACAAGAGCUGACAGUUUGUGUCUUUCUGGUCCUCUUGUGUUGGUUCUGCGUCGCGUUUUGUCCACCUGGCCUUAGUAACGCCAACCAGUUCUUCAGCCAGGAUCAUAGCCGGAGCUCAUGCCAGCAAGACUUCAGGGAAAAGUGCUUUCUCUUUCAUUUUUUUAAACAAAUGCCUCUUUCAUAUAUGUGUAACCAUCAGUAUUUUACAGCAAUACGAAAAAGUAUAUAUUAUGGCGUGUAUGUACAUUUCCUUUAAUUGACACUAUUCUCUUUUGGAGUUUGUGUGGUUUUUGUAAUUUAAUGAGUUUCAUGCUGAUAGAGUUCCAAUUUCUAUGUUUGUCUUUUUAAUGUUAUUUUCACUACAUGUUAGAAUCGUGCAUUUAAACUUGUGAUUUUCUUUUUUCUCAGUGUUUUGUUUAUAGUUCCCCUUCUGUUAUUUGAGAGAGAAAAAUUAAAUUAAUUAUAAUGGACUUUUAGGACUUGAGUGUAAAAAAAUCUGACUAUUUUUAGAAGUGUGCUUGCGAGUGCGGGUUGAUGUGUGUGUCUAUGAGCGAGAGUGUGUGACAGUAGUGACACUUAACUAUAACUGGCAUUGCAUAUAUGCAUAUACAGACAAGAGACAAGGGACUCACUCAUUUAUGGGAAAGUAUUAUUGUAUUAUCUCUGCAAAAAUGAAUGGAUACACUGGAAACAGCCGAACUCGAGGAGUUCCACAGUAUAUUACUUUCUUUUAUGUUCCUCUUAGCUCGUAAUAAUGUGUAUUUACAAAAUGACCUGCGUGGUAAACAUCUUCAGUAGACAUUUCCACUGCAGAAGGGGGUGUGCUCCUUAAUUUUGCUCUGGCACACUACAGUUCUUCCUGUUUGAAAUGUAAUGAAUAGGAUGGUGACCAUGGCUACCUGAGAGAGCCCACAGAUGUACGUGACAAGAUAAGCGUAGGCGCACUGGCCAUACUGCACUAUCAACAGAGAGCACAAUGAUGAUGAAGCCUGGACUCUUUCAGGAGUGGGGUUAGGAGCUCCCUCUGGUGUGCGUAGAGGGAGUUGACCCUCAACUCUUCAGCUCUCUUUGGGGAUCAGAGUCCAGAAGAGAGAAGGCUAGUCAGAAUUCCUUUUUUGAAGUUUCACUCCAGAUUUGAUCAGGGUUUGAUCUACAGAGCAGACACCCAGCAACAAUUAUAGAGCUCCUCUGGAGUAGUUGUAAAAGUUGAUGGUUGCUGCUAGCCUUUGUAAGGUGAGACUACAUUUACACACCACCUGUUGUUAAUGUCCAGUCUUGUGAGCCAUUUUGGUCACUGUGUGACCACUCAAGCAACACGUCGUUUAACACACUAAUUUAACUCGCUACAGACAUCACAGUUGAAUCAAGUCUUCAAUACAAUGUGUUACAGUUUCACUUCUUGAAUUUUCUAGCAUCCACCAUGAUUUUCACAUGAUGCAAACCUCCAUGACUACCUGCGUUGAUUUCUUAAACUGUUUGUUUUAGGUCUUCUUCCAAAUGCCAGCAAGCAUAUCUAACCACACCCUCGUUUAAAAAACGUGAUGUAGAUACAUGCCAAUUAACUGGAAGUAGAACUAAUGAAUGUAAAGUUAUUGUAUGAAAAAAUAAAUCACUUUUCUCUGAGAAUUUUUGUAUGAAUUAUCAAAGUGAAUUAAAGACGAGAUUGGUAGA